GUUGAAGCCGUAGCGUGAUUCUGCUAUCUGUUCCGAAGCUGUAGAGAUCGACUACAAUCCCAGCAUGCGCAACGUAUGGACACCUAUGGCGGAAAGCUAUGUCUGAGGGUUUCGAUGAAGAAGUUGUGUUCGAGAACUCACCCCUGUUCCAGUAUUUACAAGAUUUAGGACACACGGAUUUUGAAGCAUGUUCACCGGUUUCUCAGGAGGAGGAGUUGAGCGCUGGUGGAGAAGAGAGGCAAUUUCCACAGGAUAUCCUCCCGUCUCCCAAAAUGGAGGGUGUUUGGAGGCUGGUUGAAACACUGCAGAGUCUCAGUCCACUGCAUCGAGAUGGCGCCACCCAAUGGAAGGAGCAGCAGCUGAACGCUGCUUUCCGCCAGUAUUCCCUGCGCUGUCUGUUAUCUCAGGACGUGCUGUUGCAGGAAGAUGUGGAGCUGAUUGAGCUUUUGGAUCCGAGCAUCCUCUCUCUGGGCUCAACAGAUACCAUCUGCCCCAGUGCCAGCACUGCUGUACCAGCACCACGCUACCUCGCACCUCCCUCAAUAUGGGAGGUUUCAGUGUUGGUCGGGAUGCUAGCCGUCCUGUUCAGUGUCUGCUGUUCAUACCCUGAUCAUGCGCAGGCCCUGUGGGCGUCUGUUGCCCUUGUGUGUGCGGUGUGCAUGUGUCGUGGUUUCUCUCUGUGGCGCAAGGCAAGUCUGCAGCGUCAUGUCCAAUCACUCGCUGUCCAGCUAGAGGGUCUGGUGAAUAACAGCAGAGCGCUGACCAGCCUGUCCCGCAAAUCACUGCGUCUCAUACAGGAAACAGAGGUCAUUUCACGAGGCUUCACCCUGGUGAGUGGCGCCUGUCCCUUUAACAGGGCGGGGCAGCUUCGGAGCCAGCAGCUGAUUGGUCUACGUAAGGCGACCUAUCAGAGUCUUCGUUGUGCGUUCCGAGCCUCACGUCUCGCCACAUGCGUCAUGCUCAAGUCAUUUCCCCUAAACUCAGAAAUCGACAAUGUCACCAACUAUGUGUCCACCGUGCCAGUCAGAGAGCUAGGUCUCGGUCUGGGCGUAGAACAUCUUUCGGAUGAGCAAGCACAAGAACUGACCAAUGAUUACAGUCUCCCUGCCCUCAAGAUGUUGUUCCAGUUGUGGAUGGGGCAGAGUUCCGAGUUUUUCCGGCGAUUAGCUCUGCUGUUAUCUCCUGGGAGGGAGGAGCUUGACUCCAGGUCCACCCCUCUGAAAUUUAACAGCGUCCCUUUGAUUACUGACUCUCUCCAUAAAACCCUUGCCAGCUGCCUGGGCGACCUUCAGCGCAGCUACGACUUCCAUCGCUACUUUGAGACGCAGCACCAACCGAAGGGCUCAGGAAGUAAUGGCCGUGCCCAACAGAAAUGUAGAGAGCUAAAUUCUCUGCACACCUCCAUCCGUAGUUUACAACUUCACCUGAAAACACUCUUAAAUGAGGUCAUAAUUCUGGAGGAUGACUUGGAGAAGUUAAUGGUUGCUAAGGAAACAGAAGAGGUGACAUGUGCGGGAUAUCAAGAGCUUAAGGAACGUUUACAGCUGUUGCAACCACACAUGCAGGCCAGCAACUGCUGCUGGGACGACACGCUCGCCCAGGUCGACCGCAUGCUGCGCAGAGUCUCCAACCGCCCAGAAAGUUCAGAACAACGGGAGGAAACAGCUGCCCCAGAACCCCCUCCUACUGCCCCGAUUGCACAUAUACAAGACAGAGACCCCAUUCCUGAGGAACAGGAACUUGAGGCUUAUGUCUCGGAUUCUGACUCGGAGACAGAAUGGAGAGGAAUGACCGACAUGCUCUCGCCAUGGGAACUGGAGCGUCAACGACAGGAACGAGAAGAGUCGAAACGGGUUUUACUUGAGCUGAAAUCUGUCCUGGGAAUCCGAACCUCGGACGGAGAGAGAGACAAACGCAAACGUCUGCUCUUCAAUGAACAGGCUGCUCUUGCUCCGCUCUCUAAGGAUACAGCCGAAGAAACGGAUACAAACUCUAUACAGCCGUGUGUUUCGGCAGAACCUACAUCUAUCGCAGGCAAUCACAUUUCCCAACAAUCCCAAGGGCAGCUGAAAACAGAAGAAGAGGAGAAUGAUACUGAGAACCAGACUGAAAUUAUAAGUGAGGUGGAAGCUGAGAAAUAUUUAGUGACCGAAUUUUGCUGUGGUGAUUCGGGGGUAACUGGGGCAACUGAAGAUAUCUGUGGGGUGGAGACUGCGGAAGAAACGCUACUCUUUCAAUCAGAUGGGCUCAUUGAGGAUGGGACAAACCCACUUACACCCAGAGUUCCCACUCUCUCUGUGAUUGACAGACUCACGGAAAUGCAUGGCUCAGAAACGCUAAGUUUUAGCUCCGCUCUGGCUGCCCAGGUAGCAGCUCGUUCGCAUACGUUCACACACAUGCAGGAAUGUACCUAUGGGGACUCUGAGGAGGAUGAAGAAGACUGAAACAUAAUACUGUACGUGCAGGAUAUUUAUUACAUCUGUUAGUUUAAUUUAUUAAGCUUGAUUUCAGGUCACUGACAGCAUUGUAUGUAGCUGGUUUGUGUGAAUACGUUUGUGUAUGUGUUUGAGGGCUUUAUGUGUCGUGUGAAUUUCUAUGUCCCUAUCAUUAUGACAGGCCUCAGGUGCAAACUGGGACACUUUUGAGUCGCACACAUACGGAUGUGAAACCACAUACUUGCCCUUGGACAUUUCCCACUUUGACAUACUUCCAUGAACGUCAAUGGUACAAACAAAAUUCCUUCAAUUCCCAAAUAAUUAAUUGGGUAAAUCACAUGAACAUGACAUGUGCAGAUCAUAUUUCACCUCAAAAGAAAAUUAGAAACUAAAUUGUAUUAUUAUUUUUGCAUUAAUUAAUUUACUAAUGCUUACUAAUAGAACCUUAUUGUAGUGUUACCCAAAAGAUAAUGUAUACUCAUGUCCUAUACUGUGUUUCAGUUGUUUUUUUUGUGACUUUUGAUGAAGCCUUCUGUUUGUAUCUUUGUAUGUGUCAUUCUUUAUGGGAAUAAAUGUAGGUGCCCUGAUUUUUUUCUGCAUCAAACUGUUCAGAUGCAUCUGGGUUUCCACUGUGACCAUCACAAGGUUAUUGCUUUUUCUAAAGGAUGUUUUUAAAUAUACAGUGCUGUGCAAAAGUCUUAGUCCACCAUCACCAGAUUUGUUGUUUUAGCAAAGUUUUAAUGUCCAUCCAUAUUUAUUUUUCACUCUUUUUAUCAAGAUACAAACAGAAAAUACAGGAAAUAUGUACACAAAAUAUAAAAACAAAACAAUAUUCAGAACUAAAUGUCUUCUUCAGGCAUCAGUCAGUAUUUAGUGUGACCUCUCUUUUUUUAAGGAGACUAAAGUCAUUCGAUUAGAAAUUAGGAUUAAAUAUAAUUUAGGUUUGAGAUAGGCUUAAAUACUACAUGCACAUUUCCUGUAUUUUCUGGAUGUAUUCUUAUAAAGAGACUUAGAAAUAAUUAUAUAUGAUCUCUAUACAAUUGCAAAAACAGCCAGUGUAAUGGUAGCAUAGUGGCCUAAGACUUUUGCACAGUACUGUACCUGUAUUUGUUAAAGGCGUUUUAAAACCCUUGUAAUUCUUCCUUUAUUUUCUUUUGUCUCGUCCCCCAAGAUGUAUAUUACUUAUUUAGAUGUAUAUUAUUUUUAUAUCGGUCUUGUGCAUCUAAUUUUCAGAUAAAUCCAGUCUUUUACCAGGCCCUUAUUAAAUAAAGUAUCCAGUGCUGGUUUAAAGACUUUGUCAUAAAUGUAUCAAGGCUGCUUUUCAUAUUUUCCCAGGUUAGACUAAAACUUUAUUUUAAACUUUAAGCACUGUGGAAAUUUAACCUGCAGAUUAACUUGCCUUAAGCACUUCUCCCUUAAGGUAUCGUUGCACUAGAAUUACAGUGAAAUGUUAUAAUGGGACUAGGGAAUGUUAAUAUAACGUUUGUUCAUAUGACUCAACAUUUGUGUGCAUAUUGUAUGUUUAUUGUUUACCAUUCUUUCCCUCCAUAAAUAUGCAUGACUUUUGCGUUUGCCCUUACUCAACACCAUUUUAAUUAUUUCAUUUUAUUUGUGAAAUAAAGUAUAGGUACAUAUGCAUUUGUCUUUUGUGAGGUUACAAUAAAAAUCCACGCCAAAAACAUCAUAAACUUUUACCAAUACAUAUCAAACACAUGCCAUUAAAAGAAUUUUAAAGUGUUCUGUAGUGUGACCCACAUAGGAUUUCCUACAGUCAGAGAAAUGCUGCCAUCUAUUGGACACAUAUGUUAAUCAUCUAUUUGAGCCGGAGUCAAUUAUGGUGGUUAUUUUAAGAAAUUUUGACAGGUUAGGUGUGUUUUUUAUUG